ACAACAAGUAUGUUUAAAAUAUUUGAAAUUCAAAAGCUGUGAAGGAAAUAUAUAUUGUACUAAAUGUUGUUAGACAAUAUUCUAACGAGCGUUGGGUGACCAUUGAAGUAUUUUAUUUAACACAAACAUUUGUGAUGAUCAUGUAUGAAACAUCUUCGAGUUGAAGAAUAUCAAAACCAUUGCUUCUAAACACUGAAAAUGGAUUAUAGAAGAAGUUCACACGCUGGAGCCAGUAGUACGAUGUCGCAGGAAACAUAUCAGAGACAGAAAAAAGAACUUCAAGGCUUCCUGAUCAAAUUUUACAAACAUAGAUGUAGUUCAAUGCCUCUCUCACCGCUUCUUGAAGAAACAGAGACACAUCUAGCUGGGUUUUACGUGAUGCCAGAUAUAGUAGCCGUAAAACAGAAGUCCCUAACUUGUAAUGAAGAGAAGAAAAUACCGAUCGAGUCUCUGAGGGACCUGUUUUCAACCAGAAGUGGAGAUCAGCAAGAAAUCUAUCUAUUAGCUGAUGCAGGCUUAGGAAAAACUGCUUUCUCAAAAUAUCUUGCAAUCACGUGGUGUCAAGCUCAUUGUCAUGAUGACAACUACGCAUGUUUUACAGACGACGAGUUAAAAACAUUAUUUGACUUUGAGUUCUUAUUUUUGGUUUUCUUAAGAGACUGCACCUCUGUUUGUAAUAUUGACGAUAUGAUUGAACAGCAAAUAACUAAGAAACUUCCUUCAUCAGCAUCUCUACAUGAAGUUUUAUGUAGAGAAAAAUGUUUGAUUAUAUUGGACGGUCUUGAUGAAUGGAAUCACCCUGUAAAUAGUUGUUGCGAAGUAACAGAAACAAUUCCACAUCGGUACCUACGUGAUAAUUGUGUUAUCCUAACGACAACUCGACCGUGGAAGCUUGGUGUGGCAAAUCUGAAAACAAGUCAAAUAAACAAAAAAGUAGAAUUGGUUCAAUUAAAUGCAGAUUCUGCGCGGCAACUAGAAGAAAAUGCUAUAAGAAAAAUGACCGGUGUCCAUGACGAUAGAGUACUGAAGAGUAAAACACGGGACUUGAAUAGAGUGAUACGUGACCGUGACCUAGAGCAUAUGCAAGUGAUUCCACUCCUCCUCAUGUAUAUAGUUUGCUUAUGGUGUAACAACAUUUCAAUAGGAAAUUCAAAACAAGAAAUUUACACCAAUAUUAUUGAAUUUCUAUUAUCGAGAACGUCAAAGAAACACCCGGAAGUUCAACCGUCUCGUAAAUCGUCUGUCAGCGAUAUCCCAGAAUAUUUCAGAAGUCAUAUAUUUUGUAAAAAGUUUUACAGUCUUAUUACAUCAUUAGCAGAACUAGCUUACAAAACAUUAUGUAAUGAAAACAAAGAAAACACGCUGGUAUUUGAUGGAAUGAUUGCUGAAACAUAUCUCAAAGCAGACGAUAUGAAAUUAGGUUUUCAUUCAGGAAUAUUGUCAGAAAGUAGAAGUAAAACUUUAAUCAAUGAAAUUAUUAAAGUAUCAUUUGCUCACAAAAAAAUUCAAGAAUUCUUUGCCGCCAUAUUUAUAAGUAACGCUCAGACAAAAUUUGUAGACAAAUGUAGAAAUAUUCAAGACAUUUUGGACAUGUCAAAAAUUUGUGAAUUUAUAAGUGGACUGAAUGCUGACCUGAUGUGUGCAAUAUCAAAUGAUUUGAUGUCUGUGAUAAAUGAAGACGAGAUAACACGCGACUAUAGAACUAGGACAGAUGGCGAGGGCUUCAUGUGCAAUAAUCCAUUGUAUAACAUACAGAAAAUGUUCAUGUCGUGUUUACAAGAAAUGCCUGAAAGUGAAAAUAUUCAAUUAUGUUUACAAGAUUUCUUCAUUGACAAGGACACCAUGCACAGUGGGCAGUUACAACGUUUGUUAAAACAAAAUAUAACUAACGUAAAAUCACUUUAUAUAGACAUCAGAUAUACUUCCAGCAGUUUACGUGAAAUUAUAGAUUUAUUCGCUCUCACAGAUCUCAGUCAUAUACAGAAACUUUACUAUUUUGGUGACAGGGAGAAGGAGGCUGAGAUAAAUCAGAUAUUGGUUCCCUGUCUACGGCACGUAAAAUUGCGGUGUGGUAAAUGGACAAAUGAUGAAGGAAAUCUGAGUGAAAACUUGGCGCGAUGUCACAACUUACAAUAUCUAGAUAUUGAACAGUUCACGUUCUCUCACAAAAAACUGGAAACAUUUUUCAAUUUUAUCUCUGGUCAGAAAUCAAUGAAAGAGCUAACAUUGACGAGGUUUCACUGUAAAGAACACUGGCGCCAUGAUUGUAAGAGAUGGAACUUGGACUUGUCUCAACAUUCAACUCUAUCAAAGUUAUACUUGCAGCUGUUACCUAGGCUACAAUUAAAUCUAUCAACACCAUCGUUAGUUAAUGUUACGUUGAGGUACAUAAAUCUAGAUGAAAGUUCAUUGUUACUGUCACGUGACAUGUUGAAUAUUGAACGUGUGGAGUUGAGGUAUAUAGAAAUGUCUGUAGGAAGUUUACAGAACUUUAUAACUGUGCUGGAAAAUCUGCCGCAGUCAGUUACAGUGAAGAUGGCCGCCAUAGAACCGGAAACAUUAUAUGAAUGUGUAAGAGAAAAUAUUCGGAGAUCACAAACUUUUCAUGUGAUACGAGACGUCAGGCGGGAGAUUGAGUUCAAAACAAUAAAAACAAGCAAAGAAUAGACAAAAACAAUAACUUGUGAAAUUAGCUAAAGAGAAUAAUUCAAUACUUUUAAAUGAAAACACUCAGAAAAAAUAGACUCAUGAAACUUAACUUUUUCGAUUUAGUUUAUUUACAUUUAGGGUUAUGAUUAACAAUUUGGAAGCUAAUUAAGAGACAGUUGUUAUAUUUUUCAAAUAAAAACAUUUUGACGUUUUUUACGGAAUUAAUUGAUAUAAAAUUCGUAAAACAUUUAUUAGGAGAUAUAAAUAUUUGACAGCGGCCGUGGAAUAUUUGUGAUGCAGAUUCAAUGGUGACAUCAAAACAAUGAAAAUAGACUACUUCAUCAACAUAGACUAGUUUCUUUCUUGCCAAGAAGUUCAGCUUCAGUUACAUACAGGGAUGAUUAGAGCUUUACUCCUGGUUUCCGGCUUAUUGAAAACAAACUCGGAAGCAAAUUGUUUCACAAUAAUCAACGUUUCGUCCCAGUACCAUGUGCAUGCUUCUGAUUCCUGGUUUAAAUGUAAAAAGACAAAAUAAUUUGUGUAUCACAAGUGUCCUACUUGUACCUGUUUUCUCCAAUACGAUCGCAAAUCACCAUGACCGCUGUCAAAUGUUUAAGAACUCUAAAAACUCCUUUAAUUGAGGCUAAAACUUUAGAAAAGUUAACGCAAAUGAAACCGCGACUCUAAUAGCAGCCGUAAUGAAACUUGUGUAGAAAACAUUUGUAAUAAAAAAAGUCUAAUCUAAAUAUUUCUACUUAAAUUCAUAUUUUUUUCCGCAAUUUAAGAGUUAAAUGAUAUAACAUUUAGAAUUGUAAAACAACAGUGAUUUUACUAUUAAGUUGAUAAUAAAGCCUAGUAUAUAGCGUCCUUUAAGAAUUCAGUUCUGUAUUACAUGAAUUAUUGUAUGAGUUUGAUGAAAGUUUCACGGUUGUGUUUUUAUUAGUUCAUUUUUCUGCAGUAAUAGUUGCUUAUAACAUAAAUGAAACUUUAGAAAAAAGAUUAACUGUUGAUCUAUAUGUAUUUACAUGUAUAAGUGUACAUGCUUUUUGCUAUGAAGAUUUUAUAUACAAUUAUGGUAGAAACGCUUAGAUAUUCAUUAUUCAUGAAAAUCUUUGCUUGUUUAAGGCAAUCUUAUAUGUAUUUUUUAACAUUUUUUUAUAAAUGUUUUACCCUGUAGAUUUAUCAAACAGUGUAGUGACUUAUUUCUUUAUGUAUAUAUAUUCUUUAUGUAUAUUUUAGACAAUACUUUCUUGUGGAUUUCAAGAGCCAGGAUUAAUUUCUUUAAUGCAUAAGUUAUGUGUUCUAUAACAGUAAUUAAAGGCUUUUUUUUUAAAUGUUAUAAGCUCAGCAAAUACACUGGCCUUGAGGGUAGGGUUUUAUUGACUUAUCUUUGCUAUUACAAUGCAAAAAUAAGUACCUUAAUUUAUAUUUUAUCACUUAAUUUCAACACGUUAAAUGUAAUUGUUCGGAAAGUAAGUGCCUAAGCUUAUAUAAUAUCACUUGGUUUAUACAAGUUAUAUGUAAUUUUGGGAAAAGUUAGUGCAAAUGCCUAUACUUAAUUUUGUGUAAGUUAUAUGUAAUUAUUGGAAAAAGUAAGUCUAAGCUUUUAUUAAAUCACUUGGUUUGUACAAGUUAUAUGUAAUUAUUCGGGAAUGUAGGUGCCUAUGCAUAUAUUUAAUCACCUAGUUUGCACAAGUUAUAUGUAGAUAUUGGGAAAAGUAAGUGCCUAGGCUUAUUUUUAAUUACUUGUUUUGUACAACUUACGUGUAAUUAUUGUGAUAAAUAAGUACUACUAAGUUUUUAUUUAAUCACUUAAUGUGUACAAGUUAAAUGUAAAUAUUUUAGAAAGUAAGAGCCUCAGUUUAUAUAUUUAAUAUCUUCGGUUGUACAAGUUAUAUGUUCGUAAAUAUCUUGGAAAAAAGUAAGUGUCUGAGCUUUUAUUAAAUUAUUUAUUUUGUACGAGUUAUAUUUAAUUAUUGUGGAGUAAAGUGCCUUAUGAAGGGAGAUAACCUUGUGUUUGUUUUCAUUGUUUUAUGUGAUUAGUAUGGUC